AUGGAAAAUCGAAAUUGGUUGAGAUUGGUCCUCGCCGGCUUUCUGCUGGCUCUGGUCUGCGCGGAGUCCCAGCCCAGCUCCAAUGCUACGUCCAGCAAAGGCUUCACCUACAUGCAUGAGAAGACCCAUAUCUUGCACCGCCAGAAACGUUGGCUCACCUUUGAGCUGGGCUCGUCUUUAACGAUUACAGCCAAUUGUGCCAAGGCCAUUCUAGAGACAAUACCCAAAGGACUGAUUUGGUUGGCAGAGGCUACGAGUAUCUACGAGCUACCUGCGGCAAUUGAGGAUUGGAUACCGCGUCGGGUGGGGAAACCAAAAGUAAAACCAGCACCACCACUACCGCCGCCACCUCCUCCUCCUCCACCUCCACCACCACCCUCAACAGAAUUUGCUUUGCAACCGCAAACUGUUGUGGUGCCCCUUAGUCCGUCGGAUCCCAUACAGUCUUUCUACUUUGCCUAUCCGCAAGGCAUUCCCAUAGAGAACCGGCGCAAGUCCUUUACCCAUCAAGUGCAGGCCGGCUGCCCGGCCUCGCAUCUGGUCAAGGAUGUGUAUGGCACCUUCUACUGCCGGCCAUCGGCCAUGUCCAGACGCUUGCGACGCGAACUCCAGAGAAAUGGCGCCCAUGUGGUGAACGAGAGUCAGAGUCCGCAUGGAAUGCUCUUCGACAUGGUCACUCUGUUGUCCACCAUGUAUAAUUACCAGCCAAAUUACUGCAUCAUGCGGACGCUGUGCGAGGCCCGUCUUCUGCUGGCUCCCCCGGGCCUGACGCUCUUCCACGAUAUAUUCCGCAUAAUGCUGCGCUACGUACAUCCGGAGAUUGCCCAUAAACCGAAAUAUAGGGAGGCUUUCACCGCCGGACACUCGCUUCACGAAUGCGCCAGUCUGUAUGGUCCACACUGUCGUCAAAGUUUUUUGCUGCUCUUAACGGAACCAUUUCGCGAGAAAAAUGACCAUUGA